UGGAUCAGCAUGUUCCACCCAGCUAUAUAUCAUGCAGCUACCCAUAAAAAUCCAUAGGUCUCUCCCACAACUUGCAAUCCUCCUCGACCGCAGCAAAAGACGAUCAGCGUUCAACAACCGAUCAUGCUAAGAACAUCAGGCUCGACAAACAAAGUGCUCCUAUCCCGGCUGGGUUGCAGACUCAUGCAAACCCAGACAGCUGGGGGACGAGCUCCCAAUCUGCCUCUUCCAAGCAUGGUGGGCUCUAAACCUCCCAGGAAAGAGCGUGAGGAGGGCAACAUUAGCUCCGUGUUCUCUUCCCUUUCGGGAGAAGCUGAAAAGCCACUUCCACCUCGUUUUGCCGAGCUCAAACGGACCAUUAUUGGAGAGGAGGCCAAUCAAAGAAGGCUUAUUGCAGGAUGGGAGAGAUUGACAAAGAGAUUGCGCGAUGCUGCAGAAGAGAUUGAGAGGAAGCAACAGGAUAAUAUUCCUCAAACCUCCUACGACGAAUUCAUUAAUGGAGGGAAUGCAAGCCUCAUUGAGCGCAUCAAAGCCUGCGGAGCAGUAAUUAUUCGAGGUGUAGUCGAUGAGCAAACCGCGCUCAAGUGGCUCGAAGAUGUCAAGGCAUACAUUGCAAAGAAUCCAUCUGUUAAAGGCUUCCCAGAGAAUGACAAGCAAGUGUUUGAACUUUACUGGUCAAAAUCGCAGCUGGCCGCUCGUUCACAUCCCCGCUCAAUGGCAAUCCAAAGAGCUCUACUUUCCCUCUUUUCUCACAAUCCCAGUGCACCUGUGUCUCUCCAUACCCCUGUUACAUACGCUGAUCGUCUCCGCAUUCGGCAUCCUGGGGACGCUCAGUUUGCUCUUGGUCCCCAUGCGGACGGUGGGAGUGUCGAGAGAUGGGAGGACGAGACGUACCGCAAGGUAUACCAAAGAUGCUUGGAGGGUAGAUGGGAGGAAUUUGACGCAUGGACCAUUGGCGAAAGGGCUUUGGCUAAUCAAAACAUGUACGACGGUCCUGGAUCAUGUGGGGUUUUUAGAGCAUUCCAAGGUUGGACUUCCAUGUCUGACACUGGUCCUAAUGAGGGGACUUUGAGGGUUUAUCCCCUGAUAAAGGAGCUCACGGCUUACACUAUGAUGCGACCCCUUUUCCGAGAGAAACAGCCUCGAGCGACUCUUUCUCGAGACGAAUACCUCUCGCCUGCGAACUGGGAGCUUGAUUUUGAGACUUCACGGUUCCCCAAUUCCCCCUUGGCCAGAUGCCAAGAGUACAAUGAUGAAACUCAUCCUCAUCUUGAACUGGAAAGGACGAUGGUCAGUGUGCCUCGAGUCAAGCCUGGAGAUCAGGCUUGGUGGCAUGGAGACAUGAUUCACUCCGUAGAAUCCAUGCACCAAGGCCAAGGGCCUUCGGCGGUCCUCUAUAUUCCUGCAGUUCCUCUCACACCUCAAAACGCAGAUUAUGUCCGAGACCAGAGAAGCCAGUUCAUGCAAGGAAGGCCAGCACCCGAUUUUCCAGGAGGCGUUGGCGAGAGCAGCUUUGCCGGUCGGGGUACUCAAGAGGAUAUUGAAAGUCAUGAUGGUAGACAGGCUAUGGGGUUGGAACCAUUUGAAAUAAACGAGCGACUUGCCCCAGGUGAGCGCCAAGUGAGGCAACAGGCCAAUGAAAUACUUGGAUUCUAAGGAUUUGAAGUGAAGAAUGAUGAAUAGGGCAGUAGUUUGAAGGUAGCAUUUGAUUUUGUCAUACAUAUUCCCGCUUAAGCAGGCAUGGCGACAGCCAGCCCUCCUCCUUGCGUAGCGUCACCCAGUCUCGCUCGAUGUAUCUUGAUUUCCUCC